ACCAGCUAAUUGUUGUAACUGUAUAUCCUUAAGUAUGUACUUUCCCAUCACUAGCAGAGUAUAUACUGUUAGUGUGCACUAAAGUAUGCACCAGAAACACCACACUCUCGGUUUGUCUGUGCUGAAUGUGUCUGAGGAAUAUGAAAAUUCAACCUUUAUCGGCUGUGUGUCUGCAGUCCACGAGUCACACACACACACACUCACUGUUAUUCUAACCAAUGAGAACACACACACACACACACACACACACACACACACACACACACACACACACACACACACACACACACACACACACACACACACCACAAACCCCAGACCAGUGACAAAACACUACAAUGCACACACACACACACACACACACACACACACACGGCAAAACACUACAAUGCACACACACACACACACACGGCAAAACACUACAAUGCACACACACACACACACACGGCAAAACACUACAAUGCGCACACACACACACGGCAAAACACUACAAUGCACACACACACACACACACACACACACGGCAAAACACUACAAUGCGCACACACACACACACACGGCAAAACACUACAAUGCACACACACACACAAACACACACACACACACACACACACCAGUGACUAAACACUACAAUGCGCGCACACACACACACACACACCAGUGACUAAACACUACAAUGCGCACACACACACACACCAGUGUCUAAACAUGACAUAACACUAUUAACAUGUCAUGUGACCGCGGCCGACCCGUUUGACAGAGACGCCCGUCUGUGUUCUCAGACAAAACAACCUGAUGAAAAUAAAAACACACAGAAAUACAAACUCCCAAACUCGCUGCUCAAACACAAGAGUACUCAAGGUCAAAGGUCAUUCAGAGGAGGAUAUUCACGGCAAUAAAUGAAAGUCUUCCCACAAACGAUUCAUUUCAGACAAGCUGAAAGCGAAAACGGUGCGACUCAAAAGAACAGAGCAGAAGCUGGAAACAAAACCACUAAAAACCGACUCGACUUCAGUGAGACUCCGAGAAGCGCUCCGUCUAAAGGAAGAUAAACAUAAAUGAUGAUGAAAGACGAAAUAUUUCAUACAAUGGAUGAGUAUUUUUAUUUUGUAGAGGGGGUCAAAAUGACAAUUUUUGCCAAUGAUUUGGGACAAAAACUACAGGUCCAAUAUUUAAUGAGCAUCUCUAGAUCAGGGUUUACAAAUUGGGCUCAGAGGAACCUCAGGGGGCUGCAAGCUGUAAGCAGCGAUGAACGGGUCCUCACACCCUGAUGCCCGUUGGGGCUGCUGUGCCAGGGGGAUGUCACUCCAAAAUGUUGUUAAGAGUGUAUCACAGUGUAAAACAUGUCGUUUCCUGUUGCCAGUAGGUGGCGCUAUGACUAUAACUGAAUAUUGGCAUGUAGAAGUGUUCAGGGCGGGACUCUUAUCAAACAUGUGACGUUUGGGGCAGAUUGGACAUUGUAUGUUUGAGCUACAACAACUUCCUGUUUCAUGGCGAAACAUCGAACUAUGCCAGGUUGCCACGGAUACGCCGUUCAAAGUAAACUCAAAAGCUUCGCAAUUUAGCAUCACAAAGACCUUUAGAUUAAACUGACCGAGUAUGGAGAAGAUCUGAUGAAAUCUCUAAGAGGAGUUUGUUAAAGGACGAGGCCUGGAAAUGGCAAAAACUGAGCAAAAAUUGAAGAUAAAGAAAAAUGGCUGACUUCCUGUUGGGGUUAGGGCAUGGGUCCAAGAGACUUUUUAGUAGGUAUUGGCAUGUUACACAUGUGUACUGAUUUACAUACGUGUAGGUGAAACGUAGCGUAAAGCGCACAUCAUUGAAUGUUUGUAGGUGGCGCUAUUGAGCCAUUUUGCCACACAUAAUUCUGAAACCCACAUCAGAUGUACAUUUUCACCGUUACUCAUGCGGUCAAGCUACUUUUGCCCAUGUGUCGUGUUUUCACAAGAAGGAUCAAAGAUUCAUCACGAGUUAAAGAUGUGUUUAUAACAUGCAAUCAGACCAACAGUGACUGAUACACAACGCACAGAAACACCUGUACGGUCCAGAAAUGAGACGUGUAACAGGUGCUUCAUGGAUGAUAUGAAGAAGACAGUCUUGAAUCUUCAUCUUCACCUGCAGAUGAACAGCUCUGAUAAUAUUCAUAGUGAUCUUGCUUCCGUUCAUCAUGUCCAAUUAAUGAUUACGUUUUGAAACAUCACCUAAUUAAAUGUAUACUUACAUAUUGGAUAUUGAUCAGCUGGUGAUUUCCAGACACGUGUACAACUGGGGUUUAAUAAAGUUUCUUUAAAGUCGAAUUAAUGAGAGAAAAUGUGUUUUUUUACAGUGGGAAUAAAACUAGCGCUCUGUCCCUUUAAGAGAGCACACGCAUGUUAAACAGUCUACGAUGCACAGAGAGAGACGAUGAUGAUCAUGAUGGGAUUUUCAGUCCUGCAGAAAGAAACUGUUGAAUGUGUGGAUUACUCAUUUUCACCAACAUGGAACGCACACUGUGAACGCGGAACGUGCGGGGACACUUAAAAUGUUGCGCCAGACGUGGAAUCCCGCUACGAAAUUCAUGAAGUGUUUUUCCCUGCUAUUUUCGACACAUUGCUAACAGCUGCUGCGGAGACACUAGGAAAAAGAGCGAGGACAGUGCUAUGAGUGCGCUCGUGUCGCUAGCUGAUCGCUCCUCGGUUAGAAGACUUCGUUAGCGCCGUGUAAUCAGUGCGCUCUGUCGCUUGCUGUUUGCUCGCACUAAUGUUAUAAAUGCAGCACUGGACGAUCAGGCAAAUGACAGUUCUAGCAACUGGCCCGAAUCUCUCUCACACUGGACCCGGGCAUCGGCCGUCCUGACUGUACGUGAUUUUUCCAUCGUCACAGUUGUUUUUAGCGUGCUCAGGGGUUGAAUGGAACAAUUUCCUGUAAAACUGAUUUGGAACAAUAAAUACUGCAAAAAAUGCUACACUAAAUCAUGACGCGGACACCUUUCUAAUGGCACUUUUCCAGUGCAGUUUACUGCCACCUCAAUGUGGGCGGGAUUAUAGACUGAUCGUCAUAGUUACGCCGCCUCAACUGCCGUGACAUCAUCUUAAACGCGAGACAAAACUAUAAACAAUAAGAUGAGCGCUAGCUGUUAGCUCAACUGUCGUGACAUCAUCUUAAACGUGACACAAAACUAUAAACAAUAACACGAGCGCUAGCUGUUAGCAGUUAGCUCAACUGCCGUGACAUCAUCUUAAACAGGACACAAAGCAAUAAUACGAGCGCUAGCUGUUAGUGGUUAGCUCAACUGCCGUGACAUCGUCUUAAACGUGACACAAAACUAUAAACAAUAACACGAGCGCUAGCUGUUAGCGGUUAGCUCAACUUCCCUGACAUCAUCUUAAACGUGACACAAAACAAUAACACGAGCGCUAGCUGUUAGCUGCUAGCUCAUUGUGCAGCAUAAAGCAGUUGUUCAUGGUGAUUUUACACAAGUGUAACAGUUAAAUUGGUUGUUUUAGAAGCUUCCAGUAGCUGCUCAACUAAAUAAACUGAAGCUUUCAAGCAGAUUAUAAAGUUAACGUAACAAAACGCCCCAUCCUCCAUCGUGGAUCGAGUCCAGCGCACUCUCCGUCCCAUUGCUCGCCGGUUUCGCGUCCAUUUGAUCGAACCACUUCCACUUUUCCUUGAUGGUUCUGUCGUCACUUUUCAGUGUUUGUUGAACUUUCCCCUUCACUGUUGGACGGUCCGGAGGUACCCGUGUGCGUCUGACAGCUGAGACACUUCCUGAAAUACUUUUUAGUUUUGCGUCGUUUCACAUGGUUUCGUUCGUCGCUAACGAGAGGAACAUCUGCACCUCGUUUAUUGACCGCGGCGUGGUUUUGCGCACAGCCAUGUCUUUUCACAAUUCGAAAGUGGCGUGAACAAACGAUACUGCUAUCGCUGAUGCUAACUUUAAAACUAGUGGGUUGAUGUCGCGUGUUGCUAAUCCAGUGACGCCGGUAGUGACGAUUCUCUCUGACCAAUCAGUGAUCUGCAGGGUUAUGACAUCACAAUUAGUAUCAGCUCGGCUCGCUUGGAACCUCGACUGAGGUGGUACUAAAAAACUACCUGAUACCAGAUACUAUCCACAGCGGGAAACCCCCAAAACAGCAGUGGAGACGAGUCGAGCUGUACCGGGCCGUGGAAAAGCCCUAAACGUUAUUUUUUGAUCUGUAGUUUUGCUUAAAAAUUAUUUUCACUUUGACCUCAAUGUACAAAAUAAUGGAUUACUCUGCAAAUAUUGAUCCAAGACAUUUUCAUCAUCGUUUAUGUUUAUGACGCGAGUCUUAUUUGUGAAACCAAAAAUCUGAUAAAAUGAUGCGUGACUCAGUUUAGGAGCAACCCUCCAGAACAUCAGACAGACUCAAUCAAUCAAACUGAUCAGUUUCUACAGCUGCCACUGAAAGUCUUUCACAAACAUUCAGAGAUCAAUAGUGAGACGUUCACAAGCUCAGCUGCUCGACUCAUGUCAGACUGUGAGAAACACUGCGUGACACACACACACACACGCACACACACACACACACACACACGCUCACACACACACACACACACGCACACGCUCACACACAAAGCCUUUUUUCACAGAGUGGAGCUCCACCCAGGCUGGUCUGAUUGACCUCUAACCUCUGACCUCACACCCCCAGCAGCUGUAGUGUCUCAUAUGCAAAAUGCUCAUUUACAUACAUCUGAAUUAAAGUAAGACAGUAAUUAAGACUCAGAUGAGACUGCUAGAAUUUGUGUGUGUGUGUGUGUGUGUGUGUGUUUCAAGUGUGUAUAAUCAAACCCGUAUAAAUCUCUGGUGGUCCCAUGAUGAAGUAAUAACCUGAGAUAUUAUUCCCAUGUUAUUUAAAGGUUGUGCACGGUACUUCAGAGAACAGCAUCAUACAUGCGUACAAUCAUCAGUUCAUUCUAACCAUUGUGUCAUUCUGAGAUUGUUUCUUAAUGCCACACAAACUUCUGUUUUAAAAAGUACAAAUAAACCUGAAGAUGUUUAAGAAACACUCUGCUAAAGAUAAACUUUGCUAAAAACAUUUUCAAGGGUGUAAACGGAAUUAAACAAUAGAAAUAUUACAGUCCAAUAUAAAGACAUUUGACAGAAAGUGGCUCUGACAUCACGCGUGUACAUAUUUAUUACACAUUUAAUUGAACAUGUUGAAUGUGAAAAAGAUGAUCUCAAUAACACUUCAUUAAAACUGUAUAAUCAAUUAAAUCAAGUGAAACGAGGAAUAUCAUGAAGUCAAACUCAUCUUCAGCAACUGUAGAUAUUUAUCAGAGCGUUAUUGUGCAGGAAACUGUUACAUGAGUGUAACACAAAUCAACACACACACACACACACACACACACACACACACACACACAAUAAACAUGUCAAAUGAUUCUAGAACUAUAACUCACUUCAGUCUCAUCAUUAUUCACAUUAUUCACUGAUAUAUGCAAACCUCCAUCCCACACACACACACACACACACACGGCUGACUCUGAAGUCAGACAGCACUGUGUGUGUGUGUGUGUGUGUGUGAGAGAGAGAGAGAGUGUGUGUGUGAGUGUGAGAGUAUGUGUGUGUGUGUAUUAGAGGCAGGAGGCCAGUGUUUGUUCCCCGCAGCAAUGAACUGCCCUUUGUUCUGCAGUCUAGACAUACUGCACAAGAACAUACAGCACACACACACACACACACUCACACACACUUUCUCUCAUACUCGCGCACACACAUACACGCACACACUCUCUCUCAUACUCGCACGCGCGCACACACACACACACUCUCUCUCUCUCUCAUACUCACACACGCACACACAUAUACACACACACUCUCUCUCAUACUCGCGCACGCACACACACACACACACACACACUCUCUCUCAUACUCGCACGCGCACACACACACACACUCUCUCUCUCUCUCAUACUCACACACGCACACACAUAUACACACACACUCUCUCUCAUACUCGCGCACGCGCACACACACACACACACACACACUCUCUCUCAUACUCGCACGCGCGCACACACACACACACUCUCUCUCUCUCAUACUCACACACGCACACACAUAUACACACACACUCUCUCUCAUACUCGCGCACGCGCACACACACACACACACACACUCUCUCUCAUACUCGCACGCGCACACACACACACACACACUCUCUCUCUCUCAUACUCGCACACGCACGCACACACACACACACACUCUCUCUCAUACUCGCACGCGCGCACACACACACACACACUCUCUCUCUCUCUCAUACUCGCACACGCACACACACACUCUCUCUCUCUCAUACUCGCGCGCACGCGCACACACACACACACACACUCUCUCUCUCAUACUCGCACGUGCACACACACACACUCUCUCUCUCUCUCUCAUACUCGCACACGCACACACAUAUACACACACACUCUCUCUCAUACUCGCACGCGCACACACACACACACACACACACUCUCUCUCAUACUCACACGCGCGCACACACACACACACUCUCUCUCUCUCUCAUACUCGCACUCGCACACACAUAUACACACACACUCUCUCUCAUACUCGCACGCGCACACACACACACACACACACACACACUCUCUCUCAUACUGCACGCACGCACACACACACACACUCUCUCUCUCAUACUCGCACACGCACACACAUAUACACACACACUCUCUCUCAUACUCGCACGCGCUCUCAUACUCACACACGCGCACACACACACACACACACUCGCACACGCUCUCAUACUCACGCACGCGCACACACACACACACACUCUCAUACUCGCACGCACGCACGCACACACACACACACACUCUCUCUCUCUCAUACUCGCGCACACACACAUACACACACACACACACUCUCUCUCUCAUACUCGCACACACACAUACACACACACACACACUCUCUCUCAUGCACGCACGCACGCACGCUCAUACUCGCACGCUCUUAUACUCACGCACACACACACACACACACACACACACUCUCUCAUACUCGCACACACACACACUCGCACACGCUCUCAUACUCACACGCGCACACACACACACACACACACACACACUCUCGCUCAUACUCGCACACACACACACUCUCUCUCUCAUACUCGCGCGCACACACACACACACACACACACUCGCACGCUGUCAUACUCGCACGCGCAGGCUCUCAUACUCACGCACACACACACACACACACACUCGCUCAUACUCGCGCACACACACACACACACGUGCACGCUGUCAUACUCGCACGCGCACGCUCUCAUACUCGCGCGCGCGCACGCACACACACACACACACACACACACACACACACACACACACACACACACACACACACACACACACACACACACACACUCUCUCUCUCAUAUUCGCACACACACACACACACACACACACAAACACUCUCUCAUACUCGCGCGCACACACAAUCGCACAGGUUGAGUGCUGCACAGUUCAGAGUAUGAUUGCCGUUCUCAGGAAGUGACAAAACACCCGAUCUUCUACUUAAAUUCACGAGUGACAGAUACGGAGGGGGACACAGGAUUGGACAAGACAAAUGUCUAAUAAAUCAAAUGUGUGUCUGUGGCGGUGGGUUGUGAUUGAGAGGGUUGGGUUCUCUCAGGGGUAUUUCUAUAUUCCCACACCCCCCCUCCAAUCUGCUAUUUAUGGCACCAGACAUGGAGACCCUCUGUGAAGGUCACACUGAACACAAAAGAACCAAAACCCCACACAAACCUAAAACGUUCUCAAAGACUACUCGACAGUCACAUCGCCACUGACAGGCCACACAUCUUUAGUCAACAAAUCUUGGGGUCGAUUCUUCCAUAAGCGCCCAAUAAUGCAGCUGAAGUUGGCAGCUCACCGGGAUUUCAAACACAACUAUCAUGCUUUAUUUCUAGGAGAAGCAGCUAAUAACUUCCUGUCGAAUUAUUUCACUCCACCCGCUGGUGUGUGGUGAGAUUUGAGAGGGUUCGGAGGAUAAAGUUGACCUGAGGUUGGAUUUCUUCAGCUUGAGUGUAAAUCCACUUUGGCACGCCAGCACCUUCAAACUGCUAAAUAGCUGAGAAAUAAAAGCCAAUCUUGCCGCUGCGCUCUGCCAACAGGCACCAGCAAACGGCCGAGAGACAGUGAGAGUGAAGCUGUGUGUCUAGACUAGUUUUACACUCACCUGGCACACUGCCAGUCUGGUUAAUUAUUAACUCACACACACAGACAGGAACUGUUAAUGGAUACAAAUAUAGCCGCCGCUCGCUGAUAUGUGUCUAUAGUGUUUGAAUGGAGAGCGCAGGGUGAGUGAGAGACUGAUAAACACAACUAAAGAUAAAUAACUAAAGAGUCUGAAUGGUGUUUCUAUGAAUAGAUCGUACAUAUCUACUGUAUGACUAUAUUUGAUAUUUGACAGUGUGACAGUUUUUUAUUCAAGUAUUCUUGCAUGUAUGCAGUUUUAAUAAGCUCACAUCACUUUAAAGAUUACAUGGAAUAUUUGUUAUUUUCUCUUAAAUAUGUAUUGUUUAAGCUCAUGGGCAUGGGAAUGCUCUUUCUAAAAGUACAGUAAAAGAGUAAUAUUAAUAUUUUGCUAUUCACAAGAAGCAUCUGCUGACGUGGAACAUGCCUCGCAAAAAAGUCUUAGAAGACCUACGAUCAAGAAUUGUUGCUUUGCAUGAAGCUGGAAAGAGUUAAAAUUAUCUGGAAGAGUUUAAAUAUUCAUCUGUCCACAGUUAAACAAACUGUCUAUAAAUGGAGAUGAUUUAGUACUAUAGGUACUCUCACUAGAAGUGGCCGUUAGAUAUUCAUCUGUCCACAGUUAGACAAACUGUCUAUAAAUGGAGAUGAUUUAGUACUAUAGGUACUCUCACUAGAAGUGGCCGUUAGAUAUUCAUCUGUCCACAGUUAGACAAACUGUCUAUAAAUGGAGAUGAUUUAGUACUAUAGGUACUCUCACUAGAAGUGGCCGUUAGAUAUUCAUCUGUCCACAGUUAGACAAACUGUCUAUAAAUGGAGAUGAUUUAGUACUAUAGGUACUCUCUCUAGAAGUGGCCGUUAGAUAUUCAUCUGUCCACAGUUAGACAAACUGUCUAUAAAUGGAGAUGAUUUAGUACUAUAGGUACUCUCUCUAGAAGUGGCCGUUAGAUAUUCAUCUGUCCACAUUAGACAAACUGUCUAUAAAUGGAGAUGAUUUAGUACUAUAGGUACUCUCUCUAUAAGUGGCCGUUAGAUAUUCAUCUGUUCACAGUUAGACAAACUGUCUAUAAAUGGAGAUGAUUUAGUACUAUAGGUACUCUCUCUAGAAGUGACCGUUAGAUAUUCAUCUGUCCACAGUUAGACAAACUGUCUAUAAAUGGAGAUGAUUUAGUACUAUAGGUACUCUCUCUAGAAGUGACCGUUAGAUAUUCAUCUGUCCACAGUUAGACAAACUGUCUAUAAAUGGAGGUGAUUUAGUACUAUAGGUACUCUCUCUAGAAGUGGCCGUCCAGUCAAGAUAACUCAAAGGAACACCGCAGAAUGAUCAUUGAGGUAAUAAAGAACACUGAUUUUCCAGUGCAGUUUACCGCCGCCUCAAUGUGGGCGGGAUUAUAAACUGAUCGUCAUAGUUACGCCGCCUCUACUGCCGUGACAUCUUAAACGUUACACAAAACGAUAAAUAAUAACACGAGCGCUAGCUGUUAGCGGUUAGCUCAUUGUGCUGCAUAAAGCAGUUGUUCAUGGUGAUUUUACACAAGUGUAACAGUUAAAUUGGUUGUUUAAGAAGCUUCCAGUAGCUGCUCAACUAAAUAAAGUGAAGCUUUCAAGCAGAAUAUAAAGUUAACGUAACAAAACGUCCCAUCCUCCAUCGUGGAUGAGUCCAGCGCACUCUCCGUCCCAUUGCUCCCAUUUGAUCGAACCACUUCCACUUUUCAGUGUUUGUUGAACUUUUCCCUUCACUGUUGGACGGUCCGGAGGUAUCAGUGUGCGACCGACAGCUGAGACACUUCCUGAAAGACUUUUUAGUUUUGCGUUGUUUCGUUCGUCGCUAAUGAGAGGAACAUCUGCACCUCGUUUAUUGACCACGUCGUGGUUUUGUGCACAGCCAUGUCUUUUCACAAUUCGAAAGUGGCGUGAACAAACGAUACUGCUAUCGCUGAUGCUAACUUUAAAACUAGCGGGUCGAUGUCGCGUGUCGCAAAUCUAGUGACGUUGGUAGUGACGAUUCUCUCCGACCAAUCAGUGAUCUCCAGGAUUAUGACAUCACAUUUAGUAUCGGCUCGCCUCACUUGGAACUUUGACCGAGGUGGUACUAAAAAAAAAGUACCUGGUACCAGAUACUAUCCACAGCGGGAACCCCCCAAUAAAGCAAGCAGAGUCGAGCUGUACCGUGCAGUGGAAAAGACACAAUAUACCGUAUAUUGAUAAAUAGGUUUACAGUAAUAUGCCAGAGGGAAAAGUCACUUCCGAAAUGUAGUUCCUUCCAGAAAGUCGCUCUUGGAGAGUACCCGAACUCUAGGUAGGAACAUGAUUUUGUUGGCACGUAAAAACAAACAGUGUUUGGUGCUUAACAUGUCUCAGACGGCACUUUCGCAUGCAAACCAGCGAUUCUUAGCACCGUCACACCUUCAAAAACAUAUCGGCCAAACAACGCUCACGUCUCGCCUGCAGUCACAACACUGGGAUCUUGUGCGGAAUGACGUGAAGUCCAACAUCGGCCAGUUUCUUCUCCAGAAUGUUCAUUACAGCACACCAGCAACAGUCAGAAGUGAUGUGCAUUGAGUCGACUCAAAUGAACACUAGAAUGACAGCAAGAUGGGAACUCCACUGGAGUUAGCAUGAGCAUUUCCCAGUCUGAAUGAAGCUAGUGUACAAGUCACAACACGCACAAGAUGGUAUUUCACAGAAGAGCUGGAUGAUCGUUCCGGGUGACAGAGCUGUGAGACGGGUGAUGUCACCACAAUGGCGGCGGAGCGGAGACAAAACAUUGUGAUGGAGGUGAGUCAAACUCAGCCUUGCAAUUAGCAGCAAGACCACCGCAGAGAGGAAGUUAUUAUAAGACGUGAGUAACUGACAGGAUCUUCAACCACUGACAGAGUUCCAGCUGUGACACCAUCUGAUAACAGAUUCAUUAUCAAAUGUGAUUUCGGUUUUAUAAUUGCCAUGUUUUUGCAAACCCAUAUGCAGUUGUGAACUUAAGAAUAUAGUACAAGCAAAGAGAAUGAGGACUGGGCCUGUCAAUCUCUCAAAUCGGCAACAAAAAAUAUAUGGGCUACAAAAUUAACAUCUUUAUGCUUCAGGCACCAUCAGUUCUCUUGUGAACAAAUGUCAUGCCGUCAAACCUGCACCAUAUUUGAUUUGAGACCCGCAGGGCAGGUGAAGAUUAUCAGUGAAUAACUACUUAAAAUUUGGAUCGGUUAUGCACACAAAUCUAUCGUGUGAUUUAGAAGAUUUCAAAUGUAGCGCACAAAUUGUGCGGACUGCUUUAAUUGGGGCCCUAUGAUUUCCCAGACGGAAUUAACUAUAAAAUGCGGAAUGUCACAGAAUUUGACAUAUUUAGGAUGAAAUUAAUGUACAAAUGCACAAUUAAAUCACAUUAAUCCACAUCAUUAAUAUCACUUUCUUCACUUUGAAGCACACAGCACACGCAGACUAUUUAUACAGUAUUUAUAUGAUUACAUCACAGCCUUGUGCACUGUAAUGAUAAUAAUAAUAACAUUAUAUUUAAACAAUAUCUCAAGCAAGAGUUUCAUCACUGCCUUCAUUAAUACUCUGAUGCUCUACUGUGCAGUACUGUAUUUAACCAAAUAAUACUAAUAUAUUUAUUUUCCCCCCUUUUCUCCCCAAUUUGGCACUCCCAAUUCCCAAUGGUGGAUGAUGACUCUCAGUUGCCUCCGCGUCUGAGACUGUCAAGCCACGCAUCUUAUCACGUGACUUGUUGAGCAUGUUACCGUGGAGACAUAGCGCGUGUGGAGGCUUCACGCUAUUCUCCGCGGCACCCACGCACAACUCACCACACGCCCCACCGAGAGCGAGAACCACAUUAUAGUGACCACGAGGAGGUUACCCCAUGUGACUCUACCCUCCCUAGCAACCGGGCCAAUUUGGUUGCUAAGGAGACCUGACUGGAGUCACUCACCACACGCCCCACCGAGAGCGAGAACCACAUUAUAGUGACCACGAGGAGGUUACCCCAUGUGACUCUACCCUCCCUAGCAACCGGGCCAAUUUGGUUGCUAAGGAGACCUGACUGGAGUCACUCACCACACGCCCCACCGAGAGCGAGAACCACAUUAUAGUGACCACGAGGAGGUUACCCCAUGUGACUACCCUCCCUAGCAACUGGGCCAAUUUGGUUGCUAAGGAGACCUGGCUGGAGUCACUCAGCACGCCCUUGAUUCAAACUCGUGACUCCAGGUGUGAUAGUCAGCGUCAAUACUCGCUGAGAUACCCAGACCCCCAAUGAAGACUAUAUUUUAAAUUAUUGUCGCAAUCAAUUAUUUUUGUUCGCAUUUGUUCGCAUUUUUAGUAGCAGUCUGGAGUCCUGUACAUAUCAUUAUCUUGAUAUGAAAUUACUCGUAUCAUGAUAUAAGAUUUUGGUCAUAGCGCGCACCCCUAGUGGCAAUAUUCACGAAGAACGUAAAUCACCAAAAACUAAAGAAGAAGAAUGUGGACAUGAAAGUGUAGAUUUAUAGUAAAAGAAGGUCCUUAAAUAUUGUUCUGUUUCUCACCCGCACCUGUCAUAUAUCUUCUGAACGCAUGGAUUAAACCACUGGAUUACUUUUAUGCUGCCUUUAUGAGCUUUUUGGGGCUUCAAAGUUCUAGUCAGCAUUCACUUGUAUUGUAUGGACCUGAAAUAUUCUUCUAAAAAUCUUUACUUGUGUUCUGCAGACGAAAGAAAGUCGCACAUCUGGGACGGCAUGAGGGUGAGUAAUGAGAGAAUAAUGAGAGAUAAUGAGAGAAUUUUCAUUUUUGGGUGUACUGUCCCUUUAAAUUUUUCAAAGUACAUAAUUAUGUAAAUAAUCAUCUUGAUAACUCUUUCAGACACCCAUUUAGUUGAAUCAUACUGUAGAUUGUGUGAGAAGGUCCAGAGAUGAGAGAUGUUGUGGUUUAAUGUGAUCUAAUGAUGAUUAUAGACCGACCGCGUCACUCCACGGAUCCUUCCACCGAAUCAAAUAGUCCCCGUGAAAAGUUUCGGAGGAGUUUACCGAGACCUCACCCAAUUCAUGUAGAGUCUAAAUUAAGAAAACGAAUAAUUAGUGAUGUAUUCAUGUGUAUUAUAGAGCUGACCGCUCUAUAAUACGUUCAAUCCGAAUUGAACUGCUCCCGUGUCGUUCGGUCCGCUCGGUUCGGAUUCGGCCGCUUGUGAAGUUCGACACAACACUGACAGAAAACGAGUUAAAAGUGUUCAGAGAU